CAGCACGAGGCGAUGUGGUGGGUUUGUCCUUUGCUCUUCCAUGAGCUGUGAUGCAGCGCUCAGUUCUUCUUUCUCUACCAUUCGCCAUCUUAAGAGCUUGGUGGCGUACAGUUCAACUGGUUCAGAGAAACUCAUUGCUAGUAAUCUAACCAAGCCAUGUCGUUGAAUCUCCUCUACCCCCCAGCCGUAUCCUCUAAUGGGGAUUUUGCGCUGAACAUUGUAAUAGUUCCGGGAGUUGGCCUUCCUCGGCCCACGGACUGGAAAGGGCGUACAGGAGAAUGGCUCAAAAACGUGCAAAAGCCGUACGGAGAAAUUGUACGCGUUUGGCAUUAUGACUAUGAACUGGUAAAGGGGCAGCCAAUUCUGCAAUCGCUCUUACAACAAAGUCAUGUGCUUCCCUCCGUGCUUGGUCACCUCAACCCACGAGAUGCACGCUGCAGGCCUAUCUUCGUAGUGUGCCAAAGUCUUGGUGGGUGUAUAUGGAAACAGCUUAUGCGAACAUGGCGGAAAAAAGGCACGAGUACAUCAAUGUUUUAGAUUAUGUUUCUGGAGUGGUCUUCCUUGGAACUCCAUACAUUGAGGAUGCAAGUCGAAUCGAUCUCAAUAUUGUCGAAAGCAUAGUGAGAGCAAGUGCGGCCCCUUUCUCGUUCUUGUCUUUCACGCAAGAAGACAAUCGUGCGAUUGAGCGAUUAUCACGAAGUUUCUGCGACUUCAAAGGCCCUGUCAUCUCGGCAUUCGAAACUAUAGAAAGCAAGUAUAGGGGCAUAAAACUGAAGGCCCAGUUCUCACGGUCUCGUCUAGUGGUACCAAAAGAGUUAGCUACGAUAUCAUCAAACCCCAAUUCCUUCGCCUAUGGUGUCGCGAGCACCCACGAGCACCUUUGCAAAGUAGAAAUAGGGUGCAAGUUGUAUAAUACGAUAGCCUCGAUGAUCGAGGCCGCAGUAGCCCAAUACGAACUAUCGACAAGCGCCCAAGACGUAACUGUACGUUCCGAGCUCGCCGAUGGGAGUAUCCUAGAUGAGUGGGAUAUACAGAGUUUGAGAAGCCACAGGAGUAGAAUGUUGAAAACAUCUGCAUACUCAUCAAACAAAGGCAUUUCAGACUUAGAGACACCCCCAGGGUCUGACCAGAGCCGAUCUUUAUCGAUAUCUCAUAUUAACUCUGGAACCGAUACCAAGCAAGAUCUAAAGGCACGUACAAACACACCAUCGGCGAGCGCCGGGUACUCUUCACAGUUCUCAUACGAAGGGUUCCCACAGGAGUCCAAACCAUUCUGCCAACUUGCUCAGAGCAUUUGUGAAACGCUCAAGUAUACGAAGCCUAGCGAUCAUGUCACGGAAAUGCUUCGUGAAAGCCACAACAACCAGGGCUCAGCAGCUAACGAAACUAAUAACCCACAGGAGAGCCUGCAUCAUAAUCUCAUGUGGCUCAAUUUGAUGCGUGAACGAGUCACAGCAGAAGGUAAAGAAGUGAUCGACUAUGAACUAGGGUGCGUCUUCAAUGAAGUGGGCGUGGCGUAUGCCAUGAACAACAUGUAUCCACUAGCCCUCGACUUUUUCAAGCGGAGUGUGUCGACGUACCAAUCCCUCCCGGAUUAUGACGAGAAAUGGCUUGGAUGGCCGUUACCGAACAUUGGGUUAGUGCAUUGGAUCCAAGGAAACCAUAAAGAAGCACUAGAAGCGCUGCAUCGGAUGCGUGAAAUAUUCGAGGCUGCGUAUGGGCCUAAUGACACAAAAUCGUUCAAAACAGGCAAGGUGUUGUACGGUAUCGGCAACGUCUACUUGUCUCAGGGUGACUUACAGCGCGCCCUAGAGUUCCAUUUGCGAUGUUACAAUCAGUGGUCGAUCACUCUAGACGGGACGCACCACCGAAUUGGUGAUGUCAGUCAUAAAAUCGCACAAGACUUAAUGGGUCAAGGACAAUUCGAGAAGGCGCGGGACUAUCUGGAUCGAGCCCUCAGAAUUUUCGCUCGGCGUUCAUAUCAUAGACAUGAGCAUACUCGGACUCUCUUUAGGCAGGGUCAGCUAUACCUAGCACGAGGGCUGGGGAAAGAAGCUGAGCAAUCGUUUAAAGCAGCUCACAAGCAACGCCAGAGCCUGGUCCCACAUGACCCCAGGUCAUGGGAUGAACUUUUAGAGAAGGGCUAUGAUGAACUAGUAAACUUCAUGGCUCGGUGAUACAGAAAAUUUCGAUCAUCUAGGCACUCAGCCCGAGCGUAUUACUUGGGCUCCUUUACUAUAAUGUUAUAAUAAGAGCUAAGUUUCACCGCUUAGAAGAUAACUCCAAUUCAUUAAGAAUAUUUUAGGGUUCCCUCAGUCCUUAAAGAUCCAAUUGGAUCUCUUUAGGCUUGCAGGCUGACUUGACUUAACUGAAUACAAUUGCUCGAAUGCGCCUAACUACUGGGAUUAGACCAACCAUCCCCAGUAAGCGAGGGCUGACUAGCCUUAAUUUCAACGCUAUUGAGACAUGUAUAUUCGGAAGAGUGUACAAGUGUUUAGCGCAUGUGAUAAGUGUUUAAUUGGAUGUAUACAAGUGCCCUCGCAGUUCCUAACCUCCGAUCCCUACCCAGGUGUUACCAAUCAGCGAGGGCUGAGGAGCUUCAGUUUCACAAGGGCUUAUAACCAAAGGUGUACGGCUGAAGUGUUCACCUAAGCGUGCCUUCAACCGGCCUACACCUUAACCUAACGCAUAAGUGUUUAACGUGUGUAAAAUGAUACAAAAUGCUGUGGACAGAAACAAGCUCAGUUUUCCUGCCGUGUUUAUAAUCAUUUAAAUCUCACCGAAUACUCAUUCUCGUUUAUCUUUAAAUACAUCGCUACAAUAGGAUCUGGAACUAGAACUAUAAUUUUUAAUGUAAC